GUGAUAGCCUCAAGGAGAUCUCAGAAAAAACAUACAUGCCACAGGGUCUUACAAGAUCCCCAUAUAUACACACCCACAAGACCACAGACACAGACAUAGAGGGCUCAGCUGCAGAGGGAACUUAUACAUCAUCAAACCUGGAGUAUUGCGCUUUAAGUGGAAUCUAAGGACACUUGUCGGAAACUUCGAACCACACAGCACAGCCUUUGGACAAAAUGGCCUUACGACUGAAUUCUGAAAAAGACCCAACAAUUGAACUCUUCAUUAAGGCUGGUCACGAUGGUGAAAAAGUGGGCAACUGCCCCUUCUGCCAGAGGCUCUUCAUGGUCCUGUGGCUGAAAGGAGUGAAGUUCACUGUGACCACUGUCGACAUGAGGAAGAAGCCAGCCGAGCUGAAGGACUUGGCACCUGGAACCAACCCUCCAUUCCUCCUCUACAAUGGCACCCUGAAGACCGAUUUUAUCAAGAUCGAGGAGUUUUUGGAACAAACACUGGCCCCUCCCAGGUAUCCUCACCUUAGCCCGCUCAACAAAGAGUCCUUUGACGUGGGCGCUGACAUUUUCGCCAAGUUCUCCGCUUACAUCAAAAACAGUCCGGCCAACAAUACUUUCCAUGAGAAGGCACUACUGAGAGAAUUCAAGAGGUUGGAUUUGUAUCUAAAUUCCCCCCUUCCUGAAGAGAUUGACCACAACUCCAGAGAAACCAUCACCAUUUCCAACAGGAAGUUCUUGGAUGGCAACCAUCUUACCCUGGCAGACUGCAACCUUUUGCCCAAGCUGCAUGUCAUCAAAAUUGCUGCGAAGAAGUACUGUAACUUUGACAUCCCCGCCCAGUUCACUGGCGUAUGGAGGUAUCUGAACAAUGCCUAUGAAAGAGAGGAGUUCAGUCAGACCUGCCCGGGCAACAUCGAGAUCGAGAGAGCUUACCUGGAUGUGGCCAAUAAGAGGCAGUAAACCUAUAAACAACCAAUAACCAUCUAUUCCACCAUAAUGUUGUGUACUGAUACAUGGAUACAUGGAACUGUAUACUCAUUCACAAAAAAAUUGGGAAUUAAGGAGCAGUAUAUUAUAGCGAGGUAUGUUAUGGGGUCAACUGUUUGGGAGGGGGGGGGUUUAUAAAAAUUCCUGCAUCUGGAUGCAUUACAAUUAGGUGGACAUGCAAGGAUUCAGAGUUCACAGAGAUGCUCCUCGUGUUUAAAGUUCUUAUGUUCUUAAUGAAGCACUAAAGGGAAAGAUGAAACAAUUCUGUACAAUGUUUUACCAAACAAUUUAAUAAUAGGCUCAUACAGCAGUUAGAGUAUAUGUAUGGUGUCACACGGGUUAUUUAUAUCAAGUAAUUAUAGUGGCAACAAAUGUUAUUAAAUGCCACACUGAAUAGGCCAGGUUUGCAAUUUGACCAUUUAUCAAAUUUAGGUCUCUUUGUCCAUAGUGUAAAUAUGCCUUUUUUACAUGUUGUUUAUAACCUCAACACUCUUAACUGUAUAAGAGUCUGAGUGUGUAUUUUAAUAAUGUUCAUGAAUUAUCCUAUUGUCAGAAUUUUUUUUUUUACAGUUCUGUAUGGUAACCAUAACCACUCCAAAUAUUAAGAUGCCAUCAAAAAUAAUGAAUACACCUGUCGGAUUCUAGGGAUUUGAAGGUGUGAAAUACAAUUUAUUUCAUUAGUGUGACCAUCUUGUUUGUGUUUGUGUGUGUGUGUGUGUCUGUAUGUAUGUGCAUCUCCAGUACACUGCUGCUCUCUUGUGGGGGUAAGAAAUAACCACAGAUAAACAUUUAAGGCAACACAUACAGUAUGUAGUCAUAUCUGGUUAAUGUUUUAUCAUUAAACUAAACAUAUAUUGACUUUGCAUUUCAAUA